UUGUGAGAGAGAGAGAGAGAGAGAGAGAGAGAGAGAGAGAGUUUCGCUUUCAAUAAUUUUGCAGUUGUUUAUCUAUAAUAAAUAAAUAAAAUAAAACUGAUCAAUUCCCUCCAAUCAUGCACUAGAGAGUAGUGCAUUUGUGUGUUCCAAUUUGUUGUCUCUCUCUCUAGAUAGUUUUAUUAUCGCUCUCUAGUCUCCCGGCGGGAGAGAAGGAAGUGGAUGAGUAGAAGAAAGUUAUUCCUCUGCUUCUACGGAACUGUUACUCUCUCUCUCUAGUGUAUUUGGUGUGUGCGAUUGAUUGUGUGUUCCUCUAACCCUCUUUGAAUCUUGCAAAAAUAUCCACUUUCAUUCUACUCCUCUCUCUCUCUCUCUCUCUCUCUCUCUCUAUUCCAACCCUUGAACUUAAUAAAUUCAGGCCUUGUCUUGUCUUCUCUUUAUAUGUCCUUUUCUCUCUCUACUUUCUUGGUUCCAAGCGAUCAUCAUAUCAGAUACUAACUAAAUGGAUCAGUAUUUCAAGGAUCCUACUUCAGGUCCACCUAAAAGUCCAUCGGUAGAUGUCUAUGGUCAAGUGGGAAAUGCAUGGAGGAUUCCACGCGGAACUGAUGCAUAUCACACAUCGACUGAUGCUAGCUUGUUUUCUAGCUCAUUGCCUGUCUUUCCGCGAGAGAAGUUGAACUUCACUGACUGUGAGCACGGUGGUCAGUCUGUUGAUGAUGGCUUCCCUAGCGUAGAUAAACUUCACCAAGAAGAUGACAGUGAGGAUCCACUUGGUGAUAUUGAAGCAAGUGCAAGUGCAAUUGGAAGCUUGCUUCCAGAUGAUGAAGAUGAGCUUUUAGCAGGUAUAAUGGAUGACCUUGACCUGAGUGGAUUGCCUACUCAACUGGAGGAUUUUGAAGACGAUUUCUUCAGUAGUGGAGGGGGUAUGGAAUUGGAUUUUGAGAGUCUAAACAUUGGCCUUCCAAAUUUAAGCAUGUCAGAUGGGGUUUCUGUUAAUGGGAUUGGUCAUUACAGUCUUACAAAUGGUGUGGCUACAGUCGCUGGAGAACAUCCAUAUGGGGAACAUCCUUCAAGGACAUUAUUUGUCAGGAAUAUCAAUAGUAAUGUUGAAGAUUCUGAGUUGAGAGCUCUCUUUGAGCAAUAUGGGGAUAUCAGAACUCUAUACACUGCAUGCAAGCAUCGGGGGUUCGUGAUGAUAUCUUACUAUGAUAUCCGAUCAGCUCGAACUGCAAUGCGUGCAUUACAAAAUAAGCCCUUAAGACGAAGAAAACUUGAUAUUCACUUUUCAAUUCCGAAGGAUAACCCAUCAGAGAAGGAUGUUAACCAAGGAACUCUGGUUGUGUUCAAUCUGGAUGCGUCAGUGUCGAACGAUGACCUUCGUCAAAUAUUUGGUGCUUAUGGGGAGGUUAAAGAGAUCAGGGAGACACCACACAAGCGUCACCAUAAGUUCAUUGAGUUUUACGAUGUUAGAGCUGCUGAGGCAGCUCUCAAAGCUCUGAAUAGGAGUGACAUAGCUGGAAAACGCAUAAAGCUGGAACCUAGCCGGCCCGGUGGAGCCCGUCGGAAUUUGAUGCAGCAAUUGAGCCAGGAGCUGGACCAGGAUGAAGCUCGGACUUUUCGGAAUCAAAUAGGCUCACCAGUAGGAAACUCUCCUCCAGGUAACUGGCCGCAUCUCAGUAGCCCAGUUGAACACAAUCCUUUGCAAGGGUUUAGUCAAUCACCAGGUUUGGGAAAUUUCAGUCCGCUGAAGAGCAGCAAUUUGCCUGGCUUAGCCUCCAUACUACCACCACAGUUUGCAAACCAUGCAAAGAUUCCACCAAUUGGUAAGGACCAGGGAACAAUUAGCCAUGGGAGCCAAGGAAAUGGACCUAUGUCUCGUACCUUUACAGAGCAAAAACUAACUGCAAGUUCUGCACCCAUGUCUUCUUUUGGCGAAUCAAAUGCUAACUCAUCUGGAAUUGGAACGUUGUCUGGUCCACAGUUUCUUUGGGGUAGUCCCACUCCUUACUCUGAUCAUACCAGUCCUUCUGCAUGGUCAACAUCUUCGGUUGGCCAUCCAUUUGCAUCCAGUUCACAGGGUCAAGGGUACCCAUUCUCCAAUCCACACGGCCCGUUUAUCGGUUCCCCUAACCCCCAUCACGUGGGAUCGGCUCCAUCUGGUGUUCUUCUUGACAGGCAUUUUGGCUACUUCCCAGAGUCACCAGACACGUCCUUUAUGAGCUCAGGUGGAUUUGGGGGUACGAGCUUAGGUCGCAAAACUGCAAGUUAUGUGAUGAAUGUGGGUCCACAUCCGGUUAUGAGUGCUGGCCUUUCUUUCCCUGGAAAUAUGCCCGAAAAUGGUUCACCUAGUUCAAGGAUGAUGUCAUUGUCGAGGAAUGGUCCUAUGUAUAUUGCUAAUGGUUCUUUUCAAGGAAUUGGACUGACUAGCAAUGACGGAUUGCUUGAACGCAGUCGAAGUCGGAGGGUGGAGUAUAAUGCCAACCAGAUAGAUAACAAGAAACAGUAUCAGCUUGAUUUGGAUAAGAUCAAGAGUGGCGAAGAUACUAAGACUACUUUAAUGAUCAAAAACAUCCCCAAUAAGUACACUUCAAAGAUGUUGCUGGCAGCUAUUGAUGAAAAUCAUAGGGGUUCUUAUGACUUUCUCUACUUGCCAAUUGAUUUUAAGAAUAAAUGCAAUGUGGGUUAUGCUUUCAUCAAUAUGGUGUCUCCAUCACACAUAAUCCCUUUCUAUGAGGCAUUCAACGGAAAGAAGUGGGAAAAGUUUAAUAGUGAAAAAGUUGCCUCCUUGGCAUAUGCCCGAAUUCAAGGCAAGGUAGCCCUUGUUACACACUUCCAGAAUUCUAGCCUAAUGAAUGAAGACAAGCGGUGCCGGCCAAUUUUAUUCCAGUCAGAAGGCCAGGAGUUUGUUGAUCAGGAACCACUACUCUCCAGCAAUUUGAACAUCUGUAUUCGCCAGCCAGAUGGGUCUUACUCCGGGGAUUCACUAGAUAGCCCAAAGAGUAAUCCGGAUGAGAAGCAAGAGAUCUGAGAGCUGUGCACGGCCUUUAAUUGGUGGUUGAGUUCUGACUUGUGCAUCGGUAUAAAGUGUAUAAUUGCUUGUAUUAUAAGCAGUGUCCGCUUUUUGGGUGUGGAUAUAUUACCUAUAAAUAUUCACAAGGAAACUGCGGAAGACCGAGAAAGAGGGAGCAUUUUGUUUGUAAGUAGAGCAACAGGAAGUUGAUAUCUAAGUAGCUGGGAGGAAUAAGGUGGAGCAUACAGCUGAGAAGUGAAGUACCCGCGUUUGCCACUUGGACUUUGACUAUGAGCUCUCCUUGUUCUGUUGUGUUUUUUUUUUCCUUUUUUGGUGACGAGGCUUUUGUGUUAAUCUGCAAAUAUUACAUGUUUAUUGGGGUAAAUAUGGAAAGGGAGUUGAGAGUAUAGUCUGGGGCUGUUUUCAGAAGUGUACAGAAUGACAGACAAACAGACCCCUGGUUGUGUCCAGUGUCGUGUCAUGUACCUAAUGAACUGAACUAAAGAAAUUGUGUAUUUAAUGUGUCAUUGUACAGUUAUUUAACUUUAA